GGAAGACCUUCUGCUGCUGCAGGAAGGAGAGAGGGAUGAAGAACAGAAACAGGAGAGAACAGGAGAAGUGACAACAGCAAGGACUAAUAACUGAAUAUUACUGAUCAUAUCAUAAAUUAUAGGAUCUAGGAAGGGGAAGAAGCCCAGUUCACCCCACGGCUCAGGAAGUGACAUCACAUCUCACUCAACCCUAAUGGCUACCAAGGAGAGCCAGAUGACCGUCACGCUCCUGACCUCCAUCCUGGCGGCUGUGUUCGGCUCCCUCCAGAUCGGCUACCACACAGGCAACGUCAACGCCCCAGCCAGGAUCAUCGAGGAGUUCUUCAACCACACCUGGUGGUCCAGACAUAACCAGUCGAUGCCAGAUCACAGCCUGACCUUCUUGUGGUCCAUCUCCGUCAGCAUCAAGGACUUUGGAGCCCUGCUGGGGUCACUAGGGGUCAAGUGUCUAGCUGACUCCUUCGGCAGGCGAAACUCCAUCCUGAUAGUGAAUGCCCUGUCGGUGGUGGGAGCCUGUCUGAUGUUUGCCUCUAAGGCCAAUGAGUCAUUUGAGAUGCUGAUCGUUGGCCGGCUGGUGUUCGGCCUGUUCUGUGGCCUGGUGAUGAGUCUGAACCCUCUCUACAUCCAGGAAGUCUCCACCACCAACCUCAGAGGGGCCUUCGCUACCCUCAACCAGGUGUCCUUCGCCACGGGCAUACUCCUGGGCAUGGUAGCUGGUCUUGAAACAGUGCUGGGGACAAAAGAGCUGUGGGCCAUGAUGCUAUCCCUGUCUCUGAUACCUGCCCUGCUACAGUACCUGACCCUCCCCUUCUGCCCUGAGAGCCCCAGAUACUUGCUCAUCAACAGGGGCCAGGAGAUCCAGGCAGAGACUGCCUUGCGGCGUCUGAGAGGCCCGUCAGACAAGGUGUUCACAGAGCUGGAGGAGAUGAAGGAUGAGGCGGCUCACACCCAAUCAGCCCUCACCGUCAAGGAGUUCUUCACGAAACACUCCUACCGACAGCCAAUCAUCAUCGUCCUCAUCGUUAACCUGGGCUCCCAGCUCUCUGGCUUCAACGCGAUCAUCAAUUAUUCCACCAAGAUGUUUGACAAGGCUAACUUUGACGAAGCCAAGUACCUGACGCUGGGGGUCGGGGCCGUGAACGUGACCUUUACUCUGGUGGCGUUCUUCCUGAUGGAGAGGGCGGGGCGUAGGAAACUGCUUUUGACUGGCUUCCUGUGUCUAGCUGUGUGCAACCUCUCCAUGACCCUCAUCGACUCAGUCCUGUUCCUUGUCCCAGAGCUGCGUAGCCUGCAGGUGUUGGUCGUGUUCUUCCUGAUCUCAGCGUAUGAGGUGGGACCUGGUCCUAUUUCCUGGUUCAUCGCUGCAGAGCUGUUUGACCAGCCAGCCAGACCCAUCGCCAUGGCCUUCACCAGCAUGCUCAACUGGGGAGGGAAGUUCAUGCUGGCUCUGCUCUUCCCUCCACUGCUGAAAGUGUGUGGUGCUUACGUGUACCUCCUCUUUAUGACCAUGGCUCUGACAGCCUUCAGCUUCACCUGGAGACGCCUACCUGAGACCAAGGGACGCACCUUCGAUGACAUCGCAGCCGAGUUCCGAGGGCCCGAGGGCAUCCCCCUGCACAAUAAGACUGGUUUCAACACCUUCCCCUGAACCUGACCGCCCUGGCCCCUCCCACCUUCCCCUGACCUGACCGCCCUGGCCCCUCCCACCU